AUGGCCACCCUGGUACAACCCGCAGACAUGGAGACUCUGGGCGGCCAGAGCGCCACCGGCGCGCCGCCGACGUCCUCCAGCCCCUCGCAGCACUUCAACGACAGCAAAUUCUACCUGCUGGUGGUGAUCGGGGAGAUCGUGUCCGAGGACCACCUCAAGUGUGCCAUUGCGGACAUCGAGAAAGGGAUCCGCUCAUGGGACACCAACCUGAUCGACUGCAACCUGGACCAGGAGCUCAAGCUGUUUGUUUCCAGACACUCGGCCCGUUUCUCUGCAGAUGUUAGAGGGCAGAGAAUUCUUCACCAUAAAAGUAAUAUCCUGGAGACGGUGGUGCUGAUCAACCCUUCAGAUGAUGCUGUCAGCACCGAGGUUCGGCUGAUGAUCUCGGACACGGCCAGACACAAACUUUUGGUCCUCUCGGGGCAAUGCACUGAAAACACCGGGGAGCUGAUUCUGCAGUCUGGAUCUUUCUCUUUCUUCAAUUUCAUCGACAUAUUCACCGAUCAGGAGAUUGGUGAAUUGCUCAGUACGAUUCACCCAGCAAACAAAGCCAACCUUACGCUCUCGUGCCCCGAGCAAGGCGACUGGAAAAACUCCAACUUGGACAAACACAACCUGCAGGAAUUCAUCAACAUGAAACUGAACUCGGCUCUCAUCCUCCCUGAAAUGGAGGGUCUCUCGGAGUUCACGGAGUACUUAUCCGAAUCAGUGGAGAUCCCAUCUCCUUUUGACAUGCUGGAGCCGCCAACCUCAGGGGGAUUCCUCAAACUCUCCAAACCGUGCUGCUACAUCUUUCCAGGAGGCCACGGCGACUCCGCUCUCUUUGCUGUCAACGGCUUCAACAUGCUGAUCAACGGGGGCUCGGACCGGAGGUCCUGCUUCUGGAAGCUGGUGAGACACCUGGACCGGGUGGACUCCAUCCUCCUGACCCACAUCGGGGACGACAAUCUGCCGGGCAUCAACAGCAUGCUGCAGAGGAAGAUUUCAGAGGUCGAAGAGGAGCAGUCGCAGGGCUCCACAGCUAACAGCGACUGGGUGAAAAACAUGAUCUCCCCUGAUAUUGGCGUGGUAUUUGUGAAUUUUCCCGAAAACCUGGAUCACCCUGACCCGAGCUACAGAGUGCGCAAGAACAUUGAGGAGGCAGCGUUCACUCAGCAGUUUCUCACCAAGCUAAAUCUGAGGAUUGAGCCUCUGCAGAGGCCUGUGGGAAAUACAAUUGAGCCAAUAACGCUUUUUCAGAAAAUGGGUGUUGGAAAGCUGGAGAUGUAUGUGCUUAAUCCAUCCAAAAAUAGCAAGGAGAUGCAGCACUUUAUGAAGCAGUGGACAGGGAGUGAAAAAGACACCACGUCCAUUCUGCUUCCAAACGGGAAGGAAUCUGAGUUCCCUCUCUCUUACAUGACUUCAAUCUCUUCACUGAUCGUUUGGCACCCUGCAAAUCCCACAGAUAAAGUUGUACGUGUCCUCUUUCCUGGAAAUGCUACCCAGUAUCACAUCUUCGAAGGUUUAGAAAAGCUGAAGCAUUUGGAUUUCCUGAAGCAGCCGGUUGUAACACAGAAACUGCUGUCUUCAAAUAUGCCAUCGACACCAACACUCAAGCAGGCAAAGAUGAAGCAGAGAACAGACAGCAAAGAGAGCUUGAAGUCUACCCCAAGGCCAUCUCCAAGCAAAAACAUCAGGAAAGAAUCGAAAGAGGAAAGCUCAGAGAAGGUGAAGACAGAAACGGAAUCAGUUCAAGAAAAAACACAGAAGACAGAGAAAAGAGAUAAGGUGUUAUUAAAAAAGGAAAAGGCAAAGGCGCCUGAGAAAGAAUCAAAAGCAAAGGCAGAGCAAGCAGCCCAAAAUGAUACUCCAGAAAAAAAGAAGGCUGAAAUGAAACCCAAAGUCGAAAAGGAGAAAAUUGUGAAGAAGGAUAGCAAAGCACCUGUGGAAAAGAAAAAAGAGGUGAAAAAAGAAGUCGCGAAAAAAGAUGACACGCCCAAACAUGAAGCUAAAAAGGAUGAGAGAGUAAAGAAAGAGGAGGCAAAGAAAGUCCUGAAAAGAGACAUCAGAAGAGAAUCGCCCAUGAAAGAGAAGAAGGAGGACAAGAAAGAUGUGAAAAAGACCUCAAAAGAUUUAAAGAAGACAUCGCCAGGUGAAGAAAAGAAUCUCAAACCAAAGCCGCUGAAAAAGGACGACGCUUCAAAAAAAGACACUACAGCUCCAGCAAAGCUAAAAGACAAAGGGAAGUUAAAGGUGACAAAGAAGGCGACAAAGGCGGACAGUAGUAAAGCUGUAGCUGCUGCUGCUGCUGCGACUGUUGCUGCCGCGACUGCAGCAGCUGCUGUUAUGGCAGAUGAUCCAGAAGAUGAGAGAUCUCUGAUGUCCUCACCAGAAGACCUCACAAAGGAUUUUGAAGAGCUCAAAGCUGAAGAGUUGGUUGAGGACGAUGCAACUGUACAACAAAACGAGGAAAAGGAGCCUGUGAUGGUUCACCAGGAAGAAACAAUGCAGACCAAAGAGUCUCCAGAGGCAUUAGAGUCUGUGGAUGAGGGCAUCACCACAACAGAGGCGGAAGGCGAUAAUGGGGAGACUCCGGAGGAACAGGUGAUAAAGGGAAAACUCAAUGGACAAUCGGAGAAGUUUGAAGAUGAAGGAACCGGCAUGGAGGAGACAUCGGAAGGUGGGGAUUAUGAUGAGAAAGGAGAGAUCGAAGAAGUUUAUGAACCACAACUUGAAUUAGACAAAAAUAAACUUGCUCCUUGUGCUGAUGAGGACCAAGCCAAACAUGAUGAAGUGAAACAGGAUUACAGUGUUGAGGAUGAAGACGUCACCAAUAAAAAUGUAGAGGUUGAAUAUGAAGGUCACAAAGAUGCAGAGAGGCAGAGUCUCUAUGCGUCAACUUCUCCGAAAGUGUCCUCGCCCAUUUCUCCGGCUGCAUCGAUCCAUGAUGAAAGGUUUCCUGUCGGCUUUGAGAGUGAGACAGUCUCGGAUGAUGAGAACAGAGACGAAACCCCGGAGGAUUACACCGGCACUUCUGGACACACUCACUCCACCAUUGAGGUCUCGAGUGUGCCCACUCCUUUGGAUGGGAUGUUGACUCCUCGGGACCUUACAAGUGAUGAAGCCACCAAUGACGAGACCGAAUCUCCGUCACAGGAUGCCGCAAAGGUUCAGUCUUCUGCAACUGGUGAGUUUGAUAGAAAGAAACUUUCCCCACUUCAAGACAUCCCAGGAUCAGCUCACUCUCUGAGUGAUGCUACCGAAGGUCAGGACUAUAAUCACUCUGCUUCUACGAUAUCUCCACCUUCAUCACUGGAAGAGGACAAAUUGGGUCAGGAUUUUCUCCUAGCAGGGAAAGCUGAUGGUUUUGCCAAUGCUCAAAAGCCAUGUGAGGUGUAUGAUACUGAUCCGGCUAGACUCAGUACAAUGUCCACUGCAGCGCCUCUUGUACGUUCUCCCUCAGUUGAAUGCAAAGCCACUAUUGAUUCUCCGCCAAUGUUUGCUGCUCCAAUAGAGCUGUCCACCACACUGACGGGAAGUACCAGAGCAACAGCUGAUUCCUCCAUCAGUCCAGAUGACAAGACACUGGAAUUGGCUAAUUCACCUCAGUCCUCAGGCCACACUCCCUAUUAUCAGUCCCCAGUAGAUGAAAAAGCAGGAGCGCUUCCGCCUAUGGCAGAUUCACAGGGUCCAGUCAUUGUAGAGGUCACAAGUGAUAAAGAAGAUUCCUCUUCCAGAGUUACUCCAGAACCCGUUGAGCCAGAGCGAGAACGUGCCUCCCCAGUGGAAAAGCCAGUAUUCUCUCCAAGGAGCCCAGCACCAGACGAUGAGUCUCCAACAAAGAAGGAAAAGUCGCUCUUCGAUAUGGACCCUAAAAAAACAGUAGAAAGUAGUCAUACGGGCUUUUCUUCAGCGCCACUUACCAAACAUGAAGCUGACACCAAUCCAUUUACAGGUUUCAAAGAAGACAGUAAAAUGUCCAUUUCAGAGGGCACUACAUCCGACAAGUCGGGAACCCCGCUGGAGGAGGUCGUCGCUGAAGAUACAUUUUCACAUCUGGCUUCAGCAUCCACAGCCUCUUUGGCCACCAGCUCUUUGCCAGAACCAACAACUGACUCUCCUUCCCUUCAUGCCGAGGUUGGCUCUCCUCACUCGACCGAGGUUGAUGACUCUUUGUCCGUCUCUGUGGUUCAGACUCCCACCACUUUCCAUGAAGCUGAAGGAUCUCCUACCAAGGAAGACAGCCCAAGGCCCAUGUCCAUCUCACCAGACAUUUCACCAAAGACAAAAAGUAGAGCACACAUGCAAGACACAAAAUCUCCAGAGCAUUCUACCAUGUCAAUCGAGUUUGGCCAGGAGUCACCCGACCACUCCUUGGCCCUGGACUUUAGUAAGCAAUCCCCAGAACACCCAUCAUUGGGCAGCAGCUCACGUGCAGCGGAGAAUGGCCCAACUGAGGUUGACUACAGCCCUUCAGAUGGAGCAGAUGUCAGAGCAUCUGAAGAGUCCAGUGGAGCAGUGGAGAACCCUUUACACUUUGAAGAGAGUGAUUCAGCUCGUGCCCAUUCUGCAACGCCAUCAGAUGCAUCUCAGUCAACUCCCUCUGUCACAACCCCAUGCCAAAUGACAGAGAUGUCUAAUGUGGUAACUGAGCAAAAAGACAAGUCUCCCAUCACCUCAAAGGCAUCCUCCCUCAACCACUCUCCCCAUUCAGAUGAACCAUCUCCAGCUCUAGGAAGUCCUGCAGGCAAAGACAGCUCCAGUGCGGGUUCACCAUCUGGAGAGAACAUAGCUAAAUCAGACUCAGAGAAAUCUGAAAAGGCUCUUCUAUCCCCGAAAGCUACUUCACCAUCAAGCAUUUCAAAGGAAGCUACUGUUUCUCCAGCAAAGGAGACAAAUCCAUUUAAAUGUGAGGCUUCAGCAGUGGAGAAAAAGUCCCCUGUGAGCCCCAAAGUCCCUUCACCAUCAUAUCUACCUCUCUCUGAUAUGCAUACUUCUGCCUGUGGCUCCAGAGACCCGGACACCAAAAAGAGCCCCUGUGCUCCAUCUAAGACAGAUGUCGACCUCUGCUUAGUGACUUCGUGUGAGUACCGUCAUCCAAAGACUGAACUAUCCCCAUCCUUUAUCAACCCCAACCCUCUGGAAUACUUCAUCAAUGAAGAAAACGCCCUGGAUGAGGAGAAGCCUUUAGCCAAGUCAGGAGGCGGACCCCCACCCCCAGGAGGUAAACUGUCCACCAAACAAUGUGAGGAGACCCCGCCCACAUCCAUCAGUGAGUCCGCUCCGUCUCAAACAGACUCAGAUGUUCCACCAGGAACAGAAGAGUGUCCAUCCAUUACAGCCGACGCUAACAUUGAUUCUGAAGACGACUCAGAAACUCUCCCCACUGACAGAACCCUGACCUACAGGCACGCUGACCCCCCUCCCAUGGCACUCAGGGACUCUGCUCCAUCCCCAGGCCACCAUGACGUCUGCAUGGUGGACCCAGAAGCCCUUAAGGCUGAAGAAAACCUGCACAAUGCUAAUACUGAUGGAGGGGAGAAGUCCAACAAGAAAAAGCUCUCAAAGAAGUCCUCGUCACCAGCUAGAAAGAGUGGCCUUUCAAAGGUGAAGGACUCAAAAACUGCCUCCCCAAAGAAAGGCGUCGGAGAAGGGAAGGAUGCCAAAAAUGCAACAAACACUUCUGCAUCCAGAGGAGUGAAAAAUACAACAUCAGGAAGUGGAAAGGCAUCAACAGGGGCGUCUCUACCCAACUGUCCUCCCAUGUACAUGGAUUUGGUUUACAUCCCCAAUCACUGCAGUGCCAAAAAUGUGGAUGCUGAGUUCUUCAAGCGCGUGCGCUCCUCUUACUAUGUGGUCAGCGGCAACGACCAGACAGCUCAGGAACCCAGCCGGGCUGUCCUCGAUGCUUUGCUGGAAGGAAAGGCCCAGUGGGGAAACAAUAUGCAAGUCACUCUCAUUCCCACCCAUGACACUGACGUGAUGAGGGAGUGGUACCAGGAGACCCACGACAAGCAGCAGGAGCUCAACAUCAUGGUCUUGGCCAGCAGCAGCACUGUCGUCAUGCAGGAUGAGUCCUUCCCAGCUUGUAAGAUUGAGAUGUGAACCUCCGCCAAGGGACUGUCGAUCGAUAAGGAAAAUGUAGCAUAAAGCCUGAGCAGACACUUAAAAAAACACUUAUAUGCUAGAAUGAAAUAAUUAUCUGCAAUGGGGAUUUACUAACAUGAGCUAACUUUGAGGCGGGUCCAUGCUAAGGACGAUGUUAAAUGUAAUGCAUCCCUAAAAAUCUCAAUGCUUUCUUUUUUUUUUUUUUUUAAAGAUACAGAUGGAUUGAACUGGGUAAAGAUUGGUGACCAAAAAAACUCAUCAUGAAUGUCCAGUGAAGCCGAUUCUCAUGUAAUUCGAAUAACGAUGAUGUUGUUGUUGACGUAUUGGCUUUCCUUCGUAUCCCAGGAACAAAAUAUUUGAGAGCUUUCAAUCAAUUUAACUGCUUUUCAGAAACAAAUCUUCCCUGCAUCCUGAAAAUAAGAGCUGCUGUCCACACCAAAGGAUGAAACAACACUUUUCUGUUAUGCCUUAGGGAGUUAAAGUGAAUGUAACAGAGGUGGGGUGGUGGUGCGGCAGGUUUGAGAAGUGGCCCUGCAGACUGGAGGUCCAGCCGUGAAUGAUGGUAGAAACAAGCGGAAGGGACACUCAGCGUUGAUUAACAGUAAUAUGAUGUCUAUCUUCUCAUCCAUCAGGGGCGAGUCAGAGUGGUCCUUCCACUAUGAAAGUGUUCUUUGUGUUUUCAGGAUGGCGAAGGUUUUAUGAGAUUCUUUUAUUUUUUAUCAAAGUUUGUUUUGUUUCCGAUUAUGUUGCUGCUGGUUUGCAUUUUUUUUUUUAAUGUGGAAAUUCUAUUUAUUAUGUCUCGUUUGAAUUAUUGUGCUUGAUUGUCCUGGCAGCCUUUUUCACUGUGCAACAGGAGGUUGCUUCAUGAUGUUCUCACUUGCCUUUGUCACAGAUCUUUUUGAAAGAUUGCCUUUUAUUUUAGAUCUUUUUUUUAUUCCAAGUUAAUUUAGAAAG